AUGAGGCAUUUGACAGGGCUAACAUGCCUGGAACACUUGGAGAUGCGCGCUCUCCCGUACGUUUCGGAUGUGUGUGUUGAAUGGCUGGCAAAGGUGACGACACUUGUGCAUUUGGAAUUGUCACCAUUGCAUAGUGGUGACCCUUUUCACCUUGGGCAUGACUACCAGCUCACAGACCAGGGUUUGAAGCAUGUAGCACAGCUGCAGGCCCUCAAGUACCUGUGCCUGGAGAAGUGCGGCAUGGUUUCCAAUAAAGGUUUGAAGUACAUUGGCAAGCUGACAGGUCUCGAAUAUCUGGACAUCAGCCGUAUGAGCAGCAUAACAAGUGCGGGUUUGGAUCACUUGAGUGAGUUGCGUUCUCUUAGGUGUUUGGUCUUGUCUGGUUGCUGCAACCUCUUUCAUGGUGCCAGAGAUGUUCUUGUGGGUAUGGGCCUGGGAAGCAUUCGGUUGGUCUUGGAUCGUUGGUGA